AUGUCGUCAGCUCCCAGGCGCACUGUGUCGACCACUUCAAGGCCCUCGCGACCCGCCGCUCAAUCGGAACUCCCGCAUCGCACGAGAAGCGUGGCAGUCCGAUCGUCCAACUCCUCCCAGCCCCCUCCACAGACUCACUAUGCGCAUUCGAAAACCCCCUCUCAUGAUAAUCGUCCGCCGUCCAAUUAUGCCGCUCUGGACAGCAUAGCCCGCCAGGAGGCCGAGGCCAAAUCUCGCCGCGACCGUGAUGCCUCCGCUGAGCGUCCGGCCACUGCACGGACCGAGUCUACCCGGAGGCACCACCAAAGAACCUCCUCUAUGCAGCCGCGUGAGACUGAGCUGGCGCCAGCAGAUACGGUGCAAGCGCCUGCGAGUGGAAGUAAUGGACAGUCCGCCGCGCCCACUCAGCCCAAGCGGCGAACCACAAUUACCACCCCCACGGGGAAUUGGGCGUUGGGAAAGACCAUUGGUGCGGGCAGUAUGGGUAAAGUGAAGCUGGCGAAGAACAUUGAAACCGGCGAACAGGUCGCUGUCAAGAUCGUUCCUCGUUUGUCGACCGAAGAGCACAAGUCAUCGCGCGAAACAGAGCGAGCCGAUCGGUCAAAGGAGAUUCGGACCGCCAGAGAAGCUGCCAUUGUGUCGCUUGUGAACCACCCAUACAUCUGUGGCAUGAGGGAUGUGGUCCGGACCACGUAUCACUGGUACAUGCUUUUCGAAUAUGUGAACGGUGGUCAAAUGCUGGACUACAUCAUCUCCCACGGAAAAUUGAAGGAGAAGCAGGCGCGCAAGUUCGCCCGACAAAUCGCCAGCGCGUUGGAUUAUUGCCAUCGCAACAGCAUUGUCCACCGCGAUUUGAAGAUCGAGAACAUUCUCAUCAGCAAGACCGGCGAUAUCAAAAUCAUCGAUUUCGGUCUUAGCAACCUCUUUUCGCCUCGAAGCCUUCUCAAAACAUUCUGUGGAAGUCUUUACUUUGCGGCCCCGGAGUUGCUCCAAGCAAGACAGUACACCGGGCCAGAGGUGGAUGUGUGGAGUUUCGGCAUUGUCCUGUAUGUGUUGGUCUGCGGAAAGGUGCCAUUCGACGAUCAGAGCAUGCCUCAGCUUCAUGCGAAGAUCAAGAAGGGUGUCGUGGAAUAUCCUCCUGGCCUUACAACUGAAUGUCGUCACAUUAUUUCCCGCAUGCUUGUCACAGACCCGAAGCAGCGUGCCAGCUUAGCCGAAAUCAUGGCCCAUCCCUGGAUGAACAAGGGCUUCAACGCUCCACCGGAGAACUACCUUCCCGUUCGCGAACCUCUGCAACUUCCAUUGGAUCAGGAGGUGAUUGAGAAAAUGACUGGUUUCGAUUUCGGUCCCCCAGACUACAUCACAGCCCAGUUGACGAAGACGCUGGAGUCCGAGGAGUACCAACAUGCGUUGCGCCUCAACUUCCGCGAACAGCCCAUCUCCAACCAGGCAGAGAAGAAGCGUGGUGUGUUCGACUUCUAUAAGCGACGCAACUCUGCCGCAAGCCGGGACACCUUGUCUGCUCCUUCAGCUGAGGCUAUUCAGUUGGGCAAUGACCCGUUGAACGCUUAUAGCCCCUUGAUUUCUGUUUACCAUCUUGUGAAGGAGAAACUCGAUCGUGAACGUGCCGAAGCCCGGCCUGGGGCUCUUGGCCUCCGUCAAACCCCUGGUGAUGUACAAGUUCCCGAGCUGACACCUCCGGAAGCUGCUCACACAAAUCAGUACCAGUUGCCGGGAGAGAGGGACACCGGUCGUCGUUCUCGCCCUCGUGCCAGAACUCAUGGCGAGGACGACGUGACAGAGACACUGAAGAGCCACCACGCUGCUUCCCCAUCUGCUCAUGCGGUCCCAAUUACAUCUCAGCUCGAUACUCCUUCCAAGAAGGAAAGUACCGCUGCUGGUAUUCUCCGGCGCUUCAGUACUCGCCGAGCCAAAGACCGCAGUCGCGAUGUCGAAAGGGAACGUGUCAGCACCCCCAACACCCCGACUCUCAAUGUCCAGCCCCCUGCCGAUUCAGCCUCGCCUAUGCAUCGUGGCUUCAGUGUGCGGCGCACCCGACGGGCCGAGCCGUCACCGGGCCCUAUCCCCCACGGUGGUAGUCAACCCCAGCAAGAUCUGCUGACUGCCCCAAGUUCUGGUGAGCAGUCUUCGCAGUCCAACAAGUUCCUUGGCCGGUCUACCAGUGUCAACUCUGCCGAUUAUCGGUCUCGACGGGCUGCUAGGAGGACAGAUGCCGAUACCUUGGAUGUCGACCGCCAGCCUCCUUCGACGAGUGGCUCGGAUCAGCUUGGACCUGAGAGCCAGCGCGACCAACUGGGUGUCAAGAAUGGUGGACGCACACAUACGGCACGAACCAUGUCGCUUGGUCAUGCCCGUCGUGAAAGCAUCCAGGCACGUCGGGCUCGACGUGAAGCUACUCGAGAGGCCAACGUGCCAGAGGAGACCGAUGCGGAUAUCUCUGGCGCAGGGACUGCUUUGGAAAGCGCCAAUGAAGGAGAGGACUUGUCAAAGCCCGUCUUUCUCAAGGGCCUCUUCAGUGUCUCGACCACCAGCAGCAAACCCCUGUCUGUCAUUCGGGCGGAUAUUAUUCGCGUGCUGAAGCAACUGGCUGUGGACUACGAAGAGAUCAAGGGCGGUUUCCGCUGCCGACACGCCCCAAGCAUCGACCUCGAAAAGGUGGUCGAUAUCAGCCCACCCAGCCCUGACCGCCAGGGCCAAGUAUCCCACCGUCGCCGAAUCAGCUUUGGAGGACUUCUCGGGCACGACGAUAGCCGAGAUGACAGCCGUCCUUCACACUCCAAGUUGCAACGCCGUACCCAAGGCCCACCCGACCGCAGCUUCACCACCAACUCUGAUGCUUCGGAGGAGUAUGUUGCACGAGAACCACCAACCAGUACUGCUGUUGGCGAGCGGGUGGUCGGUGAGACCACCACACGAGUGCAGAGCGACACUGGUGAGAACUUGAUUUUGCGGUUUGAGAUUCUCAUUGUCAAGGUUCCUCUCUUCUCUCUUCAUGGCAUUCAGUUCAAGAAGGUUUCCGGCGGUAUGUGGCAGUACCGCGAGAUGGCGAAAAAGAUUCUCGAUGCUUUGCGGCUGUGA